GAUGUCACCUUUCAACAUCACCAGUUUGAACUUACAAUACUUAAGUCCUGGCAAGUCAUAGGUGGGGAAAAUGUCUCUCCCAAGAUUCCAAAGAGUAAACUUUGGGCCAUAUGAUAAUUACAUUCCAGUCAGUGAAUUAAGCAAAAAAUCAUGGAAUCAGCAACACUUUGCCCUGUUAUUUCCCAAACCACAACGGCCAGGAACCAAAAGGAGAUCAAAACCUUCUCAAAUACGGGACAAUACGGUUCCUAUAAUUGAUGAAGAACAAUUUAGAGGAGGUCAUAGACAACCAUUAUGGAUGUACCGUUCUUUAAUGAGAAUUUCUGAGAGACCAUCCGUUUAUUUAGCUGCCAGGAGGCAGCCUCUCAAACCAACUCAUGCUGCCAAGGUGGAUUCUAAAGCCGCAGAGAUUGGUAAAAAAGGUGAAGACAAGACAACACAGAAGGGCACAACAGAUUCAGAAUCAGAAUUAAAACAAGGAAAAAAAGAUUCAAAGGAAGGCAAGGAUGAAGAGAAAGGAAAAGAUGAAAAGCUAGUUGCAAAGAAAGAUAGCAAAAAUGGUAAAAAGGCUGCAGAGAAGGGCAAAGACUCAGCUACAGAAUCUGAAGAUGAAAAAGGAGGUGCAAAGAAAGAUGACAAAAAAGAUAAAAAGGAUUCAAAGAAAGGCAAAGACUCAGCAACAGAAUCUGAAGAUGAAAAAGGAGGUACAAAGAAAGAUAGCAAAAAAGGCAAAAAGGAUUCAAAGAAGGGCAAGGAUUCAGGCACAGAAUUAGAAGCUGUAAAAGCAGAUGAAAAAAAGGACGAGGACGGAAAAAAAGAUGCAAACAAAGGUGAUGAAUCGAAGAAGGCCAAGAAGGAUUCCAAGAAAGAUGCAAAGGAGAGUAAAAAAGGUAAGAAAGAUAAGAAGCCCAGUAGUACGGACAGUGACUCAAAGGAUGAUGUCAAGAAAGAGUCUAAGAAGGAUGCCAAGAAAGAUGCCAAGAAAGUUACUGACAAAGAAUCUGCUGAGUCAAAGAAGGAUGAAAAGAAAGAUGCAAAGAAGGAUGCAAAGAAAGAUGAAAAGAAGGAUGCAAAGAAGGAUGCAAAGAAGAAGGGCAAGUAGGCCUUGGAUUAGAAUUCGCACUGCAAGAAUAAUUCAAAAGCAUAUCUGAUGAAACAAUAGUGGUAGUCUGCAACUGAAUUUGUGAGAAAACAAGAGGUUCAAAGAAUUAAAUAAUUUUUAAAAGGUAGUAAAGAAGGAUACAAAGGAGAACUCAGAAGAGAUUUAUAAAAAUGUAUAAGAAAGAUGUCAAGAAAAAUUAAGGGGGGAUCCAUUGAAAGACUUGAAGAAUAUAUAUACUUAAAUUUGGGGAUAUGAAGGAUUCAAUGAAUGAUCUCUAGAAAGAUUUAAAGAAUAUUCAGAUAAGAAUGUUGAAGAUAAUGACAUUAAAUCUAUGGAGACACACACACA